CUAGCGACGGGAGGACGCUCGCGGGCCCCCAGGCUAACCCCCGCUGUAGCCUUAAAUCUCCUACCAUGGGGGAAGAAGGCGGCGGCCGCAGCUGUGGGACCACUAGGGAGCUGCAGAAGCUGAAGCAGCAGGCGUUGGAGUACUACCGGGAGAACGACGUUCCGCGCAGGCUGGAAGAGCUGCUCAACUCCACCUUCUACCUCCAGCCUGCCGACGUCUACGGGCACCUGGCAAACUGCUUUUCUAAACUUGCAAAGCCUCCCACAAUAUGCAAAGUAGUGGGGAAAAACGUACUGGAUGGACUGGGGCUUCUAACCCUACAGGUGGAAAUAUUCUGCACCAUUCAAAAUUUUCCCAAGAACAUAUGUUCUGUGGUGAUCGCGACUCACUUCGAAGUCCACGAGAACGAUUUACCCGAGCUGGUUGAAGCAGAGGGAGCGGAAAGGUUGGAAGCCGUCAGCACUGCUGUGCGGUGGGUCAACGAAACCAUUACCAAGGAGCUUCGGGGCAUGGCACCCUCCAACCAGGCUGAGGUGGAUCAGGUGCUCAGGACAUUCUUUGAAAAUAAAGUACAAGAAGAUAAGGAGAGAAAGGAAUUGGAGAAGAGUCUGGGAGACUCAACAGUGCCUACACCUUCACCUCUGAUAUCACCACCACCUCCCCCACCUCCAGCUAAAAAAAACGGACAAAGGCAAGGGAAGAAGGAUACUCUUACAGAGAAACCUAUUGUACCUCCAGAUCCUGUGGAACCCGUACUCUGUGGCAGCAUGGCCAUAGGGGCUGUGUCACUAGCUGUUGCCAAAACCAGUGCCAUUCUGGGCAAUAAUCCUCUCUACUUAAAUAUUUCAUUACUGAAGCACCAUCAGGAACAGCCAACAAAGCUAACGAUACCUUUGCUGAUGGUCUCUCUGGUCAGCUGUGGGAAGUCAUCACCUGGGAAGCUGAAUUUAAUGAAAGAAGUGAUUUGUAUACCCCAUCCUGAAUUAACAGCUAAACAAGGUGUGGAGAUGCUUCUGGAAAUACAGAAACAUAUUAACAAAACAAUCGAAAUGCCCCCUCCUCUAAAAGCAGAGACGAAAAAAGGGCUUAAUGGAGGCAAAAGAGGUCAACAGCAGAUCACUGGCAAGAUGUCGCAUCUUGGCUGUUUAACCAUUAAUUAUGACACCAUAGAGCAGCCACUGCUCCUAAUACAAGGAAUCUGUGCGAACCUGGGGCUAGAAAUGGGAACAGAUCUGCAUCUAGCCAUCAACUGUGCUGCACAUGAGUUGAUGGACUAUAGUAGGGGAAAGUAUGAAGUGAUGAUGGGAACACACAAAAAUGCAGCGGAGAUGGUUGACCUGUAUGUGGAUCUGAUCAACAAGUUCCCUUCAAUUAUUGCCUUAAUUGAUCCUUUCAGGAAAGAGGACUCUGAACAGUGGGACAGCAUCUAUAACGCUCUUGGUUCCAAGUGUUACAUAAUUGCAGGGACUGCAUCCAAAAGCAUUUCUAAACUUCUAGAGGAUGGAAACAUCAGCAACCCCAAAUCCAGUGGGCUGAUCAUAAAACAUACAAAUCAAACUACGAUGUCUGACUUGGUGGAAAUAACCAAUCUUACUGACAGUAAGAAGCACAUCGCCAUCUUUGGAAGUACAGAAGGAGAGUCGUGUGAUGACAGCCUUGUCGAUCUGGCUGUUGGACUUGGUGUCCGGUUUAUCAAGUUGGGAGGUCUCUCUCGCGGCGAACGGGUGACUAAGUACAACCGCCUUUUCACUAUAGAGGAAGAACUUGUCCAGAAUGGAACACUGGGUUUCAAGGAAGAACACAUUUUUUCCUUGAACGAGGAAGCUGAAAAGGCCACUGAGGCACUUGAGGCUGUGGCCACCACGGCUGGUGAGCUGCCUGAGCCCCCAGAGCCCAUCUUCCCCACAGAAGUAGAAGAACCAGCCAAAACAUGAGCAUCUUCUGGAUCAGGCUGUCCACACCCAGUUUAUAGCCACAUCAUUAGUAUUAUUAGACUGCUAGAUCUGAAAUAUGUCUUCAUACUGGUUUUGCUCUAAAACUUCACUGUCUUUUUAUUAAUUUCACUGUUUAGUAAAAUACUUAUAGUAAUUUUGCCUGAAAUUAUUCCUGUGAACUUUGUCUUAUAGCCAUCACAUUUCCAGGGGAUUUUGUUUGCUUCCCAUCCAUUUUCUAGGGUCAUGACCUAAUAAAAGAGUCCAAUACUUUUGUUGCCAACUCCACACUCAGUUCA